AUGAACUCCAGUGCUGUCUCAGAGUACGGUAACUCUACUUUACUCCUUCUGAAUGUCAUACCGCGAGACAGCUUCAGCGCUGCUCUCACUAAAAACAUCGUGGCCAUGCUUGUAUGGCUGGCGCUCAGUGGCCUUAAUUGCAGUAUGGUGUCCACUUUCCGCAAGCACAGUUUCUUCUAUGAAGAUCCACGUUAUAUCAUGUUUAUCUGCAUGGUCAUUAAUGAUGCCGUACAACUGACACUGGUAACCGCCUUGUAUGUGGUGAGUUAUGCCUUCUCAAAGAUCUUGGUGUCUGCCUGCUGCCCGCUGGUCAUGACCGCUGUGACGACCACCCGCUCCACACCGCUCAUCCUGGCCGGCAUGGCCCUGGAGCGCUACAUCUCCAUCUGCUUCCCGCUCCACUACAGCCACAUCUGCACAGUCACACGCACCGUGUGGAUCAUCGGGGGGAUCUUCCUCCUGAGCUUCACUCCUCCGCUCACCGAUCUUCUCAUCACUGUCGCCAAAGAACCACCACUCUUCUUCCAAACGUCCAUUUUCUGCGAUCAAUCGCUCCUAUUCCGAGACCGCUCGAUCUAUUACAAGAACUGCGCGUUUGAUAGUGUGUAUUUCUCUUUUGUCUUCUUGUCUUUACUUUAUACGUACUGUAAGAUCGUGUUGACGGCCCGUGCGGUCUCCACUGACCAGGUGUUGGCCAAGAAGGCCCGUAACACAGUCCUGCUCCAUGGGGUUCAGCUGCUAUUGUGCAUGUUGGCGUUUGUCGUGCCGUCCAUGCAGGCUCAGCUCAUACAACUGUUUCCGAUGUAUAGCCUAGAGAUACGCUAUGUUAAUUUUCUUCUGGUCUACAUCAUUCCACGAUUUCUCAGUCCAAUGAUAUAUGGAUUCAGGGAUGAGAAGUUUCGCAAGUAUUGGCUCAGAUUCUUUAUCUCUAAAGCACAGAGAGUCAAACCAGUCAGCCAUUUCUCUCAAAAGCUUGGAUGA